AAAAGAUUUUACAGAAACAGUGAACCAAACUUGGUGCACGCUAUAAGAUUGAACAAUGUCUUGUAAAGCACUGUUUGUCGUCUUCAUUCAAGUAUUGCUGUUGUACUGUGAUGUAGAGUCAUUGUGUUGGGUUACAUAUCCGAUACCUGAUGAUAAUGGCCAGAAUUCAACUUGUGAAUACAAGGGUUGGGAAUUUAAAUUGGGAGCUUCAUUUAAAUCUCCCACUCCCUACUGUGAAGAGUGUACAUGCACGGCUAAUGGUUUAAGUUGCUGCGGAUAUGGUAAGAAAGAUGAUUUCACAGUGUUCAUUAUACCCGGAUGUGUUCAAGUGGAUGAUGACAGCACGUGCGACCGGCAAUUUGUUGACAGUACAGACGAAACUCAGCCUUGUUCAGCAUGGGAAAGGAAACGAAGUCUGAAAAACGAAUGAUUCAGUUUGGAAAAAACCUUAUGCAUUAUUUAAAAUUCACUUUGUACCAAAACAUUGUUAUUACAUCUUAUGUUAAAGGCCUAAACUAUUUGUUUGAGGUCUCAGAAGCUCGAUCUACGUGUAGUUUAAAUAUUAGAAAUUAUAUUGAAAUAAAAAGAAAUACUUA